AUGCACUUCACCGCCAUCGCCAUUGCCUUCGCUGGCCUCUUCGUCCCCGCCAGCGCUUGCGGCUGCCGCUCCCCUACUGACGGCUCCCACAUCGUCUCCGCCUCCGAGACCUGCUGCUACCAGAACGGCGCCGACUGGGCUGGCACCGACUGCUCCGCCGACUCAAUGUCCGAGUCUCUCCGCGAGUACGAUCAGUGCUGCCACGGCAACGGUCUCAUCUCCGACUGCGACUACCCCGACCCCAUUGGCGACAUCUUCGGCUCCUAA